AUGGAAGAUGCCAUGAAGCCUGUUCAAACAAGCAUUUUUAAGAGAUCAGUCAAAUUAGGCAGAGGUGGUGGAGGAAGCAUGAGAUACCGUGGUGUUCGUCGUCGUCCUUGGGGCCGAUAUGCAGCGGAGAUUAGAGACCCUCAGACCAAAGAAAGGAAGUGGCUAGGCACUUUUGGCACAGCUGAGGAAGCAGCUUGUGCCUAUGAUUGUGCGGCUAGAAGUAUGCGUGGUGUUAAAGCAAGAACUAAUUUUCUUUACCCUCCUCUUACUCAUGAUUUUCUAAAUGUCUACACUUGUACCAAAACACAUAAUCAGUUUUCCCUUGAGUCAAGUCUACCAAAAUCAUCGAAUAUGUUUGUAUUUCAUGAAAUUGAUGUCAACAUAUCGUCCAAGUCUUCAAACAUUAAUAAUUUGAACAAUAACCCUUGUGACGAACAACUACUUCCUCUCACGGGUUAUCAUGAGAUAUCAACUACUGUCGAUUCGGGCAUGGAAUAUUUCUUUCCCAUUUUGCCUUGUGAUAAUUCUGGCUUUCUGGAACAGGCCUUAAAUGGAUUCUUCCCAAAGCCAUUGCAAGAAAACAAGAGCAAUGUUGGUCAUGACAUCAAACUUUCUAAUUGCCCGGAGGAUUUACUUAAUUCUACUUCUGAAUCAUCAUCCGAGCCAAUUCAUCAACAAAUCUCUGGACCCAUGACUUUUCAUUACCCGGACCUUCUAAAUAUUUUAGCAGCCAACAUGAAAAAUUCGUCAACAAUAUUGCUUUAA